CAUGCAUGAUGUGAUAAAGAAAGUCAAGAAGAAGGGGGAGUGGAAGGUGUUGGUGGUGGACCAGUUGAGCAUGAGGAUGCUGUCUUCUUGCUGUAAGAUGACAGACAUCAUGACCGAGGGGAUCACAAUUGUGGAAGAUAUCAACAAGCGCAGGGAACCACUCCCGAGCCUGGAGGCAGUGUAUCUCAUCACUCCAUCUGAGAAGUCUGUGCACUCUCUCAUCAAUGACUUUAAGGACCCACCGACUGCUAAGUAUCGGGCUGCGCAUGUCUUCUUCACUGACUCUUGUCCAGAUGCCCUGUUUAAUGAGCUGGUAAAAUCUCGAGCAGCUAAAGUCAUCAAAACUCUGACGGAAAUCAAUAUUGCAUUUCUGCCGUAUGAAUCCCAGGUGUAUUCCUUGGACUCUGCUGACUCAUUCCAAAGCUUCUACAGUCCCCACAAGGCUCAGAUGAAGAAUCCUAUACUGGAGCGUCUGGCAGAGCAGAUUGCAACUCUGUGUGCCACCCUGAAGGAGUACCCAGCUGUGCGGUAUCGGGGGGAAUACAAGGACAAUGCCUUGCUGGCUCAGCUAAUCCAGGACAAGCUUGAUGCCUAUAAAGCUGAUGACCCAACAAUGGGGGAGGGCCCAGACAAGGCGCGCUCCCAGCUCCUGAUCCUGGACCGUGGCUUUGACCCCAGCUCCCCUGUGCUCCAUGAACUGACUUUUCAGGCUAUGAGUUAUGAUCUGCUGCCUAUUGAAAAUGAUGUGUACAAGUAUGAGACAAGCGGCAUUGGGGAGGCACGGAUUAAGGAGGUGCUCCUGGAUGAGGAUGACGACCUGUGGAUAGCGCUGCGCCACAAGCACAUUGCAGAGGUGUCCCAGGAAGUCACCCGGUCUCUGAAAGAUUUUUCUUCUAGCAAGAGAAUGAACACUGGAGAGAAGGUAAACCCAUAACAAUGCUCAGAUGCCCUGGAAAUUGGUCCUUGCCUUCUCUCUAGGAGCAGGAAAGAUGCCUUCUCAUAUUCCACGCAUCUACACCUUGCUGAGGACUGUAUGAAGCAUUACCAAGGCACCGUAGAUAAGCUCUGCCGAGUGGAGCAGGAUCUGGCCAUGGGUACUGACGCCGAGGGAGAGAAGAUCAAGGAUCCCAUGCGAGCCAUCGUCCCCAUUCUGCUGGAUGCCAACGUCAGCACUUAUGACAAAAUCCGCAUCAUCCUUCUCUACAUCUUUUUGAAGAAUGGCAUCACCGAGGAAAACCUGAACAAACUGAUCCAGCAUGCCCAGAUUCCCCCGGAGGACAGUGAGAUCAUCACCAACAUGGCUCACCUCGGUGUGCCCAUCGUCACAGAUUCCACACUGCGUCGCAGGAGCAAGCCAGAGCGGAAGGAGCGCAUCAGCGAGCAGACCUACCAGCUCUCCCGAUGGACCCCAAUUAUUAAAGACAUCAUGGAGGACACUAUUGAGGACAAACUUGACACCAAACACUAUCCUUACAUCUCUACGCGCUCCUCUGCCUCCUUUAGUACCACUGCUGUCAGCGCCCGCUAUGGGCACUGGCAUAAGAAUAAGGCCCCGGGGGAGUACCGCAGCGGCCCCCGCCUCAUUAUUUUCAUCCUUGGGGGUGUGAGCCUGAAUGAGAUGCGCUGUGCAUAUGAGGUGACCCAAGCCAAUGGCAAGUGGGAGGUGCUGAUAGGAUCCACGCACAUUCUCACCCCCCAGAAACUGCUGGACACACUGAAGAAACUGAAUAAAACAGAUGAAGAAAUAAGCAGUUAAAAAAAUAAGCUGCCCCUCCACACACAACCCUUCUUCCCACAGUGCUCUGCAGCUCCUGUGCUGCCAGGCACGCGGUUACUUUGCUGACUUUCCGUCCGUCGCCUCCCCAGCUCUGCACGCCCUGGCCGGCACUGUCGCCACUGUGUUCUCGUGCUUAGUGAUGCCCUCUUCUUGAGACAAAAGAAAAUAAUGCAUUGUGUUUUUUAAAAAGUAUCUUCUAUAUGUAAACUAAAAGAAGAAGCUCAUGUGCAAGCAUCAUGCUGCAGAAGUCUUUGAACUGUUUGGAAUGAAUGGACGCCUUCUACCCCUUAUGUAUGAUUCUGUGACCUUGUACAUAACCCUAUGCAACAUGUGCAAAUUGCUUGAGUAUGGAAAGGCAGAAGUUUGGGUGUUUUUAAAAACUUGUUUUGGGUUGUUCUUGUUGGGAAUCAUAGAGAUGUCUGUGUUCUUGGAGUAUUUCACACUGAGGAUUAAUCUGUUGCCUUCACUCCAGCUCCUACCCCUUGGUGCCAGCCCUCGUCUAGAUAAGCCAGGAAGUGACAAUCAGGGGACGUCUCUUGAGGUGUGAGGAGGAGCAGGCCUCUGUGCAUUUCCCAGUGGCUCAUGCCCCAGUGGGGUGGCUGUGGGUGGGGCUAGCAGUAUCCGUGUGAAGCCAGGCUAGCACCCUUUCCACAGCCUGUCACUGCUGCUUCCCUGGCUGGUGCCCACAGUGCUGGGAUCCUGAGGGAAAUCCUUCUCCUCAGUCAUGGCACCCAGUCAUGGACAAGUGGAGAGCAAAGCCCCGUCUGGGAGAAGCAGUCUGGCAUGAUCUUACUGACCAGAGCCCUUCCUUCCCCGCCCUCACCCCAACAGCUCAUUCUCUUUAGUCGGGUCAGCCUAGGGGGAGUUCAAGGGCCAGCAGUGGGUUGGAACAGAUGGGUUCUGGAGGCUCUGGUCAAGGGGCCCUCUGCUGUAGAGAAGGGCACUUGGCCUGAAGAAUAGCCCGUUGGAUCCGUACAGACUCUGUACUCCCCCAGCAAACAACUUUUGCUAGAUUAUCCUCAGUUUAAGAUACUUCCUAAUUCUUUAUUUUGUGUAUUAUGAGGUUAUAUGUCAUUGUGCUUGUAAGAGAAAAUGAACAUUUUAUUCUCUGUGUAAAAAUUCAGCUGUAAAAACUUAGCUGUAAAGCAAAAAUUAAAGCAGCAAGUGCAGGAAGGGUGCCCCACCAUCCGCAGGACUCAGCAGUCCUUGCUCUCCAGUGGUGAGCACACCAUUUGUUCUGCUGCUGUUGUCAUGAAAUAUAAUGACAGUGGAAGUCACAAAAAUGUCCCUUGCCCAGCCCCCCCACCUCCCUUUAACCCCCACAGAUUGUAUGUAUAUUAUUGUGUCUCGUGAUGUCGUUGCAAACGUGGUGUAUGCUAGUACCUCGUGGCCCUGCCCGCUAGAUGCAUUGUGGUGUUCUCAAGGCUUUGAAAUCUGCCCUUUGCACUCAGACUAGUUUUCAGGUCUCUGCUCUCUGUGUCCCUUCUCCCCCUUAAUAUAUCUUAUUUCCUUAGGACAGAACUAUAAGUACUUGCAUUGGUUUGUUUCUUACUGUCACUGCCUGUUUUGUUCCCUCCCUCUGACCAAACUACGCUCAUGCUUCAGGACCUUGUUUGUCAAACACGUUGGUUUUCUUUUUUGUGUUAUUUAUAUUAAAAUAAUUUACCAAGAGGAUAUUUUUAAAAGGCUAGUCUGUCUUGAAACUUGUUUACCUUAAAAUUAUCAGAAUCUCAGUGUUUGAAAGUAUUGAAGCACAAACAUGUAUCAUCUCUGUACCAUUCUGUACUAGAGCACUCGAGUCUAAUAAAUAAAGAAAUCAGCGCCCAUU